AACCUUCUGGACGGUAGCUCUCCAGGACCGGAGUUGGAGACCCCUGUUCUAGGAUAUAUAUUGCCUUGACAGCAUUUGGCAUUAGUUAAUACAAACAUAUUGUUUCAUUUAUUUAAACUUAGUCAACCUGGCAGUCUGAGUAUCUCAGAAUUCUUGCUUUAAAAUUUAUAUUUAUACAGUUUCCAAAUGUAUGCUUGGGGCCUCCGAUGGUUCUUAUAUCAGACUUGAGUUCAGUCCUCGUUGUGCUGCUCUAGCCGUCUGUUACGCAGGCCCUAAGAACAGGACUUGACUUGCUGGACGCCUGCAGUUUUACGGGUGAAAUUGGGAAAUCUGAGCGGCUUGACAACCUGUAAAGCAGCUUGUAGCUGAUAGCAUUGAUGUGUUCACUGCUCAUGAGUCUGCAUGGGCACCAAGAGGUUACCUGUCAUGGGUUAUUUUUUUUGAUUUAUUAAAUGUACAGAUUAUUAAUAUGGGGUGGAAUUUAAUUGCUAAUGCAAAUUGUAAUUACCCCCUGGCAUUUUUCUCCCAGUCACCUGCAAAAGCUGUUUAUAAUGCCAGACACUGGAACCAGCCUGAGCCUGAAGACACGCCUGUACCUUCGCUAUCCCGAUCCCAGACUGCCCCGGCUAUUUUGUCACAAGGAAGCACAGAAUCAAACACCCGCAAGGAUGACGGUGUCUUCAAAGCACCAGCUCCCCCCCCCAAAGUCAUUAAGUCUGUCACCAUCCCCACUGAGCCGUACCAAGACAUUGUCACUGCACUGAAAUGUAGAAAAGAGCACAAGGAGCUGUACACUGUCGUCCAGCAUGUUAAGCACUUCAACGACGUGGUGGAAUUUGGGGAGAAUCAAGAAUUCACGGAUGACUUUGAGUACUUGGAGACUGGCCUAAAAAGCGGCCAGCCUCUCAACACACGUUGCCUUAGUAUAAUCAGCCUGGCCACCAGAUGUGCCAUGCCCAGCUUCCGGAUGCACUUGCGAGCAAGAGGGAAGGUCGCCCAGGUCUUCAAAACUCUGAAUGAUGCUCCGCAGCAUCCGAAUCUUGCCCUCUGUACGGCUUCUUUAAUGUACAUCCUCAGCCGAGAUCGACUCAACAUGGACCUCGACAGGGCCAGUCUGGACCUCAUGAUCCGACUUCUGGAGCUUGAGCAAGACGACACAGCUGAUAACCAGCUGACUGCUAAGGAGAUGGGCAAAGUGAAGGAGAAGAUUCGAAAACUCUGCGAGACCGUCCACAACAAGCACCUCGAUCUUGAGAAUAUCACGGUCAGCUCAUGGGCUUCUCCCCUAUACCUCAUUCCUGUAUUCAUCUUGUCUUGUAAUCCUAGCCCAUGA